GCGUGGCACCAUGGCCACCUUCCCUCUGCUACAAUGAAAUUGGUGACUCACUAUCUACCUAUCCAAACAUCAUGGACCACCUUGAUGCAUCUGAAGAAGGCCAACGUGGAACCGUCUCAUAUUAUGGUCAGUCCAUUGGCGGCCCGGCGGGCCUGGCCAAGCUCCUCUUGGAGGCUGGUCUUCUUCAUCUCGAAGGAGCGGCUUCUGUUUUCCUGUCAGCAUCUUAUUCUACACUGUCGCCCAUUAGGAUGCCGCCACAGCCACAGCCUGGAGAAGGCGGCACAGAAGCUUGGAAACGUGAUAGGGAAGCUGCAGGUCGAUACUUCAAGCGUGCUCGCACUCUGCAGCCCAAUCUUGACAUUCCUGUCUUUCCUGAUGAAGGCAUUGGCCGGCAUAACCUUGGAAGUACCCAUGAACUUGAGAUGCCAUCUAUAGAAAUUCAUCCUUCUGCCUCGGAAAGACAGAAGAAAGAAGAGCUGAUCUUCAUGGACGAGGUCAAGGGCAAGGAUGACAUCGAUAGCGUGUGGUACCUGUAUGUUCCCAGCCUGGUGGGUGCGGGCACAGCAUUGCUGGUCAUGGGCGUUAUAGGCACACUUAGCCUUUCGUCAUGGAGAAGAAACUAA